AUGGCUAUCAUGUCGGAAGUCCACGAACAGAGCGGUUGCGCUGACCGCAAGAUUCGUAUCUUCGACGUGGCGAUACCUGACGCACCGGUGUUUCUCACCCUUGAGGGACAUCGGGGUGAGGUCAACUCUGUUAUGUACUCGCCGGACGGGAACUUGCUUGCAAGCGGCGGUGAUGAUCGCAGUGUGCGCUUGUGGGAUGCGCAAAGGGGAAAGGCUGUAAAGAGCCCAUUUCGAGGCCAUACGGGAUGGGUCACCUCCGUGGCGUGGUCUCCUGAUAGCACACGCAUCAUCAGUGGCUCUAGUGAUAAUACUCUUCGCGUCUGGGACAUCAGUAGAGGAGAAACCCUAUUCAAAGGAGUUCUGUACGCGCACACGGGUACUAUAUGGAGCAUCUCGUUCUCGACCAGUGGCGAGUUCUUUGUGUCGGCUGACAACGGUACUAUUCCCCGAGUCCAACUCUGGGAUGCUAAGACAGGUAAAGCAUCACUUCCACAGGCAAGCAAAAUGACGAGCCGAGUACUCAGAUUUCUGAUAUGGAAUAUUCCACUCACAAGCAUACGGAAAGUGGAGGCCAUGCAGAUAAUUCGAGAUCCAGCCAGCCCAGUAAAAUGCAAGCUGGGGCCCCUAUUUCUGCCGUGGUGUGGUUCCCAGAUGGUCGACGCUUCGCAAGCGCAGGAGAGGAGCUUCUCAUACGGAUCUGGAGCGCGCAGAAUGGCGACCAUUGGCGAGAUUUUGAGCCAACACCCCACCAUCAAUGCACUGUCCAUCUCGACGGACGGUGCGAAGUUCGCAACCGCGUCGGAUGACCAGACUGUUAUCCUCUUCGAUACGGAAUCAAUGCAGCCUCUGAAAGAGUCCCUCACCGGUCACCGUGGGGCUGUCUACGCCGUCAAGCUGACACAUGAUGGUUCUAAAGUGGUUAGCGGAGGCAAGGACAAGACAGUUCACGCUGACGUUGUUCGCGCACUAUCCGUUACGAAGGACGGUAGAAAGCUGGAGAGUGGCGGGGAUGAUAAUUCAUCUAUUUCUGGGAUAUGCGAACCUAUCAGAGGAUCGCAGCGCCGGUGGCCCGGUGCUCACGACUGGACGAUAUGGAUCCGGGACGCGCCCACAGGCAAGCCUUCGUGGGGACCCAUGGAAGGGUUAGACGCCAGCGGUAAUGAAAAGGGUAGCAUUAUAGCUACUGCUUUCUCCCCAGACGGAACGCGGUUCGUCAGCGGCUUCUUAGACAAUAUGUUGUGCAUGUGGGAUACGAAUUCAGGAGAUGUUGUUUUGCCACAAAGUGCAAGGCGUCAGGAUACUGAGUCAAACCCAGAUGACGCGUUAAAUGAAUCACAAGAUGAAACGAAGAGGAAUAAGCGGGUCGGUGCGCGACGACAGCAUAUGCCUGCGACCGUUAGUAAGAAAAAAGUAGCAUCAAUGCCCAAAGGGUUUUGGGAUGAUGUAGACGGGAAGGAAAAGAACAAAGAACAAGAACGUGAAAAUGCCAAUCCCGAAGAAUGGCAAAUGAAUCGUGCUCCUGGGCCUCUUGCAACGAAGGUCACUGUAGCCCGUGAUAAGCUGGGGAUGAUCCACAGGGCCAGGUUCCCCUCGCAAGCCGAACCAGAAUCUGACGAAGAGGUGGACUUGCCAGCAGGUUCAGCAGACCCCAGCCGGCCCGAUGCAGGCUAA